GAUUUACCGUUCUUGGCCCCUCUUUGGCCCCCCCCGUGUGGGGGGCGGUUGUGAUCGUCCUGGCGGGUGGAGGUCGGGGAGCGGCCGGAGCUGUGGCCAUGUUCUCGGGUGAAGAUUUCUGGAUCGCCCAGUGAAGAGGUCUCCCCGGGAGGGCACUGCCCAGUCGGAGAGAGGAAUGGACGACCCGAAGCCCUCUGGUGAAGAUAAAGAUUCAGAGCCGGCAGCUGAUGGGCCUGAAGCCUCUGAAGAGUCAGGCCCCACUGAGCCAGACCCCCCCAACCCACCUUUGGGGGAUGCCUCUGUCUGCAGCCUAGGGAGCCCCAAGCCCCAGGACUGUCCCCAGGACUGCAGCAAGGGCCCACUUCGGCGCUGUGCCUUCUGUAACUGUGGGGAAUGGAGUCUCCAUGGGCAGCGGGAGCUGCGGUGCUUUGAACUUCCACCAGACUGGCCCCAGGGUCCAGUGAUGCCACCUGGGGGGCCUGGACCUGGAGAGGCAGUGCCACCCAGUGAUGAUCUGUCCCAGAUUGGCUUCCCUGAGGGCUUGACACCUGCCCAUCUGGGAAAGCCUGGUGGACCUUGCUGGGCUCACCAUUGGUGUGCAGCAUGGUCAGUGGGCGUACAGGGCCAAGGUGGGCCGGAGUUGCACGGAGUGGACAAGGCUAUCUUCUCAGGGAUCUCUCAGCGCUGUUCCCACUGCGCCAGGCUGGGAGCCUCCAUCCCCUGCCGGUCGCCUGGAUGCCCACGACUCUACCACUUUCCCUGUGCUGCUGCCAGUGGUUCCUUCCAGUCUAUGAAGACUUUGCAGCUGUUGUGUCUGGAGCAUGGCGAGGAGGCCGAACAUCUGGAAGAUGCCCAUUGUGUGGUAUGCGAUGGGCUGGGGGAGCUUCGUGACCUGCUCUUCUGUACCAGCUGUGGGCAACACUAUCAUGGGGCCUGUCUGGACACUGCCCUGACUGCGCGAAAACGUGCUGGUUGGCAGUGCCCAGAUUGCAAAGUGUGCCAAACCUGCAGGCAGCCUGGGGAGGAUUCUAUGAUGCUAGUCUGUGAGGCCUGCGAUAAGGGCUACCACACCUUCUGCCUGAAGCCAGCCAUUCAGAGCCUCCCCCCUGAUUCGUGGAAGUGCAAGACCUGCCGGGUGUGCCGAGCCUGUGGGGCGUGCCCAGCAGAGCUGGAUCCCAACUGCCAGUGGUAUGAGAAUUACUCACUGUGUGAGCGGUGCCAGGGGCAGCAGAACACCCAGGGUGGGAGGAUGGGCAGCCCAGAUGCCGAGCAGCACCCCCCAGUCUGUAACAAACAUCCAUCACCACAGCCUGGCACUGCCCUGGUUGAUAUAGCUGAUGAUCCUGAUACUGCAUCCCAGGAACAGCUGGAGGGGGGGGAGGAAGACUGCCCAAAGCCUGAGGAACUCGGGCCACUGCAGUGCGACGCCAAACUGCUAGGGCAAGCAGGGACCCAAAUCGAGUCCCCAGCUGAGGUUGCCCCGCUUGAUGAAGAGAUGCCACUGGAGCCCCUGUUCCUGCCUGAGGAACCAGUCCUGUCACCUCAGCUAGCACCAACAGAUCCUCCCCCUCCUCCACUCUCUCCUGCCACUGCUGUAGCCCCACCAUCCUUGUCUCCCUUGGGGGAGCAGGAGGAGCUCCCUGAUGCCAAAGGGGACAGUGAGCCAGGAACCCCUCCAGAGGUCCCGAUCCUUGACACGCCCAUCAGCCCCCCUCCGGAAGCCAGCUGCUUUGAACCAGAGCCCAUAGCUCCUAUAGACUUGACCCCUUCUCCAGCCUCCCCUGAAGAACUAGGAGAACUGAAUUCUCCUAUCCCUCCUCCGCAGUGCUCCCCUUUGCCAUUAGCCCCCUCUCCCCUGGGCUUCAUGGAGAAGGCACCAGAAGUCCUAGAUGAGUCUGAGUCACAGGAGAUGGAGACCGAGCCGGAGUGCCCAGCUCUGGAGCCCAGUGGGAUCAGCCCCCCAGCCUGCCCCACAGGGGACCUCUCCUGUCCUGCCCCCAGCCCUGCCCCCAGCCCUGCCCCUAGCCCUGCCCCAGCCCUGGAUGUCUUUUCCAGCCUGGGUGAGGAUACAGUCUGUAUCGAUGAGACGGAGGCUACUGGUCCAGAGCCAGAAACUGGACAGACUUCCGGCAGUUCAGGUAGUGAUCCGAAAGGCUCCCCCUUGCUCCUUGACCCUGAGGAGCUGGCCCCUGUGACCCCUAUGGAGGUCUAUGGUUCUGAGGGCAAGCAGGCGGGGCAGAGCUCACCUUGCGAAGAGCCUGAGGAGCCAGUUGCCCCAGCAGUGCAUACCCCUCCCACCCUCAUCAAGUCUGACAUCGUCAAUGAGAUCUCCAACCUGAGCCAAGGUGAUGCCAGUGCCAGCUUCCCAGGAUCCGAGCCUCUGCUGGGCUCCCCAGACCCCGAAGGGGGUGGCUCGCUCUCCAUGGAGCUAGGUGUGUCCACCGACGUCAGCCCCGCGCGUGACGAGGGCUCCCUUCGGCUCUGUACCGAUUCACUGCCCGAGACUGACGACUCCUUACUUUGUGAUUCCGGAGCGACUGGAGCUGGUGGCAAGGCGGAGGGUGAUAAGGGGAGACGACGAAGUUCCCCUGCCCGCUCCCGCAUCAAACAGGGCCGUAGCAGUAGCUUCCCAGGAAGACGUCGACCUCGGGGGGGUGCCCAUGGAGGAAGGGGGAGAGGACGUGCCCGGCUGAAGUCAACCACUUCCUCUGUGGAGACUCUGGUAGUAGCGGACAUUGACAGUUCUCCCAGCAAGGAGGAGGAGGAGGAUGAUGAUGACACCAUGCAGAAUACUGUGGUUCUCUUCUCCAACACCGACAAAUUUGUCCUAAUGCAGGACAUGUGUGUGGUGUGUGGUAGCUUUGGUCGAGGGGCAGAGGGCCACCUCCUGGCCUGCUCUCAGUGUUCCCAAUGCUACCAUCCUUACUGUGUCAACAGCAAGAUAACCAAGGUGAUGCUACUGAAGGGCUGGAGGUGUGUGGAAUGCAUUGUAUGCGAGGUGUGUGGCCAGGCCUCUGAUCCCUCUCGCCUUUUGCUCUGUGAUGACUGUGACAUCAGCUACCACACCUACUGUCUGGAUCCCCCACUGCUCACAGUGCCCAAGGGUGGCUGGAAGUGCAAAUGGUGUGUGAGCUGCAUGCAGUGUGGGGCCGUUUCACCAGGCUUCCACUGUGAGUGGCAGAACAGCUAUACCCACUGUGGACCCUGUGCCAGCUUGGUCACCUGUCCAGCUUGUCGUGCUCCUUAUGUGGAAGAAGAUCUGCUAAUCCAGUGCCGUCAUUGUGACCGGUGGAUGCAUGCUGGUUGUGAGAGCCUAUUCACUGAGGAAGAGGUGGAACAAGCAGCAGAUGAAGGCUUUGAUUGUGUCUCCUGUCAGCCCUAUGUGGUGAAGCCUGUGGUGCCUGUUGUGCCACCAGAGCUCGUGCCCGUGAAGGUGAAGGAGCCAGAGCCCCAGUACUUCCGCUUUGAGGGAGUCUGGCUGACAGAAACCGGCAUGGCUGUACUUCGAAAUCUGUCCAUGUCCCCCCUUCACAAGCGGCGGCAGAGGCGUGGGCGGCUUGGCCUCCUGGGUGAAGGCGGGCUAGAUGGGCCCGAGCCCUCAGACCCUGGCGGCUCUGAUGACAAGAAAGAUGGGGACCUGGACGCUGACGAGUUGCUCAAGAGUGAAGGAGUUGGCGUGGAGCACAUGGAGUGUGAAAUCAAGUUGGAGGCCCCAGCCAGUCCUGAUGGGGAGCCUGGCAAGGAGGAGACGGAUGAAGGCAAAAAGCGCAAGCGAAAGCCCUACAGGCCUGGUAUUGGGGGCUUCAUGGUUCGACAGCGCAAAUCCCAUGCACGUCUGAAGAAAGGGCCUGCCGUGUUGGUGGAAGUGUUGAGUGGGGAGGGCCAGCCCGAUGAGGUUGUGACAGUCGACCCCCCAACAGAGGGUGCAGUGGAGCAGAGCCCAGCUGAAGGGGAUGAGAAGAAGAAGCGUCGGGGGCGAAAAAAGAGCAAGCUGGAGGACAUGUUUCCUGCCUACCUGCAGGAAGCCUUCUUUGGGAAGGCCUUGUUGGACCUUAGCCGAAAGGCGCUGCUGGUGGCUGGGGAUGGACGGCCAGGCUUUGUGCCAGGCACCCCCAGAGGGAAGGGGGACCCAGGCCCUGAUAGAAAAGAGUCUUCUGCCUCACAGAAAGGGGAGGAUGGACCAGAUGUUGCAGAUGAAGAGUCCAGGGGCCCUGAGGGCAGUGCAGAGACUCCAGGCCCUGAAGAUGGAGGCAUUAAGACAUCUCCUGUACCCAGUGACCCAGAGAAACCAGGAACCCCAGGCGAGGGAAUGCUCAGCUCUGACUUGGACAAGAUCCCCACAGAAGAGCUGCCCAAGAUGGAAUCAAAGGACCUUCAACAGCUUUUCAAGGAUGUCCUAGGCUCUGAGCGGGAGCAGCAGAUUGGCUGUGGGACUCCUAACCUGGAUGGGAGUCACACCCCGAUGCAGCAGAGGCCCUUCCUACAAGGUGGGCUUCCUUUGGGCAACCUCCCUACCAGCAGCCCAAUGGACUCCUACCCAGGCCUGUGCCAGUCUCCUUUCCUUGAUAGUAGGGAGCGCGGGGGCUUCUUCAGCCCAGAGCCCGGUGAGCCUGACAGCCCUUGGACGGGCUCAGGGGGUACCACCCCCUCCACACCCACAACCCCUACCACGGAGGGUGAAGGCGAUGGGCUCUCCUACAACCAGCGGAGCCUCCAGCGCUGGGAAAAGGAUGAGGAGCUGGGCCAGCUUUCCACCAUCUCGCCUGUGCUCUAUGCCAAUAUUAAUUUUCCCAACCUCAAGCAGGAUUAUCCAGACUGGGCCAGUCGCUGCAAACAGAUCAUGAAGCUGUGGAGAAAAGUCCCGGCCACUGACAAAGCCCCCUACCUGCAAAAGGCCAAAGAUAACCGGGCGGCUCACCGCAUCAACAAGGUGCAGAAGCAGGCGGAGAGCCAGAUCAGUAAGCAGACCAAGGUGGGCGACAUAGCCCGCAAAACCGAUCGGCCCACCCUGCACCUCCGCAUUCCCCCUCAGCCAGGGAUGCUGGGCAGUCCCCCUCCAGCUUCUGCUCCAACUGUCUUCAUUGGCAGUCCCCCUACCCCAGCUGGCUUGUCUACCUCCUCGGACGGGUUCCUGAAGCCGCCAGCGGGCACAGUGCCCGGCCCUGACUCGCCUGGUGAUCUCUUCCUCAAGCUCCCACCCCAGGUGCCCGCCCAAGUGCCUUUGCAGGACCCUUUUGGACUGGCCCCCACCUAUACUCUGGAGUCUCGCUUCCCCACAGCACCACCAGCCUACCCCCCUUAUUCUGGACCAGCAGUGGCCCCUGCGAAGCCUCAGAUGCUGGGUGCUCCACCUCGGCCUGUGGCUGGCCAGCCGGGGGAGUUCCAAUCCACCCCACCAGGCACCCCAAGGCACCAGCCCUCCACCCCUGAUCCUUUUCUCAAACCCCGCUGCCCCUCAUUAGACAACUUGGCAGUUCCAGAGAGUCCGGGGGUGGGCGGGGCCAAGGCUUCUGAGCAACUGCUGUCCCCUCCACCUUUUGGAGAGCCUCGGAAGGCCCUAGAAGUCAAAAAGGAGGAGCUGGGGACAGCUUCUCCUGGCUAUGGCCCCCCCAGCCUUGGUUUUGGAGACUCACCUUCCUCCGGGCCCCACUUAGGUAGCCUGGAGUUGAAGGCCCCAGAUGUCUUCAAAGCUCCCCUGACCCCUCGGGCAUCUCAGGUAGAGCCGCAGAGCCCGGGCAUAGGCCUGAGGCCCCAGGAGCCUCCCUCUGCCCAUGCUGUGGCCCCCUCACCCCCUAGCCAUGCAGACUUAUAUCGCCCAGCUCCUUCUGGCUCCUAUCCUGAGACCUAUUCACAGCCCCCACUGACUCCCCGGCCUCAACCUCCACCCUCUGAGAGUUGCUGUCCCCUGCCCCCUCGAUCCUUGCCCUCUGACCCUUUCACUCGAGUACCUGCCAGCCCCCAGUCUCAGUCUAGCUCUCAGUCACCCCUGACACCCCGCCCGCUGUCCACUGAAGCCUUCUGCCAGUCACCAGUUACCCCUUGCUUCCAGUCACCUGACCCCUACUCUCGUCCACCCUCGAGGCCCCAGUCCCGGGACCCCUUUGCCCCACUACAUAAGCCACCCCGGUCCCAGCCCCCUGACGUUGCCUUCAAGGCUGGACCCCUGGCCCAUACUCCACUAGGGGUAGGGGGCUUUCCAGCGGCUCUGCCCUCUGGCCAAUCUAAUGAGCAUCACGCUAAGAGCUCUGGCGGGCAGCCUCCAUCUUUUGUCCGCUCUCCUGGGGCAAAUGUGUUUGUGGGCAAUCCUUCCCCCAUACGCUUCACUUUCCCCCAGGCAGUGGGAGAGCAGCCCCUGAAGCCCCCUUCCUCUCAGCCCAAUCUCCCUCCCCCCCAUGGGAUCAACAGCCAUUAUGGGCCAGGACCCACCGUGGGCAAGCCCCAAAGCACAAGUUACUCGGCAGCCGCAGGCAGCUUCCAUCCAGGAAGCAGCCCCCUGGGGCCAGGUACCGGCCCACCAGGUGAGGGCUACGGGCUGUCUCCGUUGCGUCCACCAUCAGUUUUACCACAACCUGCACCAGAUGGUCCUCUUGCCUACCUGCCCCAUGGUGCCCCGCAGCGGGGAGCCAUCACUUCCCCGGUUGAAAAGCGUGAAGAUUCAGUGUCUGGGAUGGCCAGCUCCCUGGUGGGUCCCGAACUCCCCGGUCCCCAGGACCCCAGCAUGGCCAAUCUGAGCCAGACAGAGUUGGAGAAGCAGCGGCAGCGCCAGCGUUUGAGAGAGCUCUUGAUCCGACAGCAGAUUCAGCGGAACACCCUUCGGCAGGAGAAGGAGACGGCAGCAGCCACGAGUGCCGGGGGGCCAGGAAACUGGGGCGCUGAGUCUAGCAACCCGGCUUUUGAACAGAUGAACCGAGGCCCCACUUCCUACCCUGGGGCACAGGACAAAAGUGGCCUUACAGGAUUGCCCCCUAACAAGCUGAGUGGCUCGAUUCUGGGACCUGGCCCUUUUCCCACAGAGGAGAGACUCUCUCGGCCACCGCCUCCCCCUACUCCUUCUUCCAUUGACAUGAAUGCCCGGCAACUGGUUGGGGGCACCCAAGCCUUCUUUCCACGGGGGCCCUUCUCUGGACCUCUGCCCCCUCAACAGCAGCAGCAGCUGUGGCAACAGCAGCAGCAGCAACAGCAACAGCAGCAGCAGCAACAACAGCAGCAGCAGCAGCAGGCUGCUGUGGCUUCCAUGCGGCUUUCCAUGCCUCCAAGGUUCCCUCAACCACCCGGGCCUGAACUUGGCCGGACAAUCCUAGGCCCUCCUUUGAGUGCCCUUUCCAACCGACCACCCGCCCCCGGGGAACCACUUCCCGGUCCAGCGGGUCCUGCUCAGUUCAUUGAGCUUCGUCACAAUGUACAGAAGGGGCCGGGGCCUGGCGGUGCCCCUUACCAUCUUCAGGGCCCCCCUCAGAGACCCCGAUUCUUCCCGGUGGCUGAGGACUCUCACCGCCUGGC